GGUGAGAAGUGGGAUGGGGCCGGGAACUGGAAGGCUAGGGCCAGCCUGGCUUCCCACGGGAGGUCCGCUUUGGGGGAGUGGGGAGCGGGGCACUUCUUACUCCUCCGCGGGCCGCCCGCGAGGAGGCCAAAGAGCAGACACGGCCUCCGAGCAGCCUAGAGAGGCGGCGGAAGUGGCCGGGCGUGCGCCGGAAGGGGGUCCGCGCGGCCUCGCCUGCCCGGCUCCGGAGCCUCGGUGGUAGCCCCGCCGCGGCCGGGUGAGCGCGGGCCUCGGCCGCGGGGUGAUGGCACAGAGCGGUGGGGUGCGCGCCCGCGGGUCGCGUCGGCAUGACGCGGUGCCUCCCUGGGCUCCGAGCCGUGUCUGGGAGGAGCGCUAAUCCCCUCAGGCGGCCGGGCCGGACUUUCGUCCCUACGGCCCUCCUAGAGCGGAGGGCGCGCGUUGCGGGCUGCUCCCCGUGGGCUGGCGUGGAGGUCGUGUCCCCUGGUCGCUGCUGGGGACGACAUCGCCGGCCGGACUCGCGCAUGGCCGAGAGUGACGAGCUUGCCGUUCGCGUCUACCGCUUGAGGUUUUCCUCGAGGGUGUCCCAGCCCAUGUCUAAUAUUCCACCUUAAAUGCAGGGGAGGUAGACUGUUUACAAAGUCUCCUGUCCUCUAAAACUUCGUAUGAUGAGAUUCUGUCACUUCUGUCAUCAAAAGGUGGAGUCUACUUGUCCUUCCCUUGAAUCUAUGCUGGCCUGUGACUUGCUUUGGCCAAGAGAAUACGGGAAUAAUCGUUCUGCAAGAGGAAGUGCUUACAGCUCUUGGCACACUGCCACGAGACUGCCAUGCAUAGGUCAUGUGGAUUGGAACCCAGGUGCCCCCAACUAAAGCCCAGCGGGGCCUUGUUCCCAGCUGAUUCACCACCUGAGUGCAACCACAGGAAUGUUAACCCCGGAAUGAAAGACAGCCCGGGCCCCCUAGACAGCCCUCGCCUUCGCAAACUCCGCAUCCCGGCCACGCUGACUGCUCAAUUUCUAUCCGCCCGCCUUCUCCUUCGCGGCCAGGACUGCCCUUCCAGGAGGGCCGAUUUCCCAAGUCCCAGCGCAAACACCUCCCUGAAGCUCAAGUCCACACAGGGAAAACCGGAGAGCGAGCCCGACCAGCCACGUCCACCCGGUCCCCCUUCGCCGGACGCCCGAGGACAGGGGCUCCCGUCCACACGGUCCAGCGCCCACCUGGUGCCCGGUCGGCGCGGCGGGUGCAGAAUGCUCCGAGGGCUCCCGCAGCCCAGCACACGCCCCCACCCACCCCCCGAGGUGGCCUCAGGCACCCCGGAGGCACUCGGCUGCCGCUCAAUACGUACUUGUCCGACUACCGGUCAGUCCACCAAAAGCCCAAGGACCGCGCUCAACGAAGACGUCACGGUCUGCACGAGCGCGAGCCUCCCAGCAGCCCAGAGGCCGAGUCUCCACAGCUCUUUCUUCCGCCCCACGGGCAGUCGAGUCUCGGCUUUUCUAGGAUCGCGGUCCCGGCCUCUCUAGGAUGGCGGCCGCGCUUCUCUCUGGUGCGCCGGGAGGACCCCGUCGCUCCUUCCGCCCCGCGCAGGCGCGUCCCGACGCCCCGCGCCCACCCUCCUCUCUGUAAAUCUUUUCAAUUAAAAACGAGACGGCAAAGGCAAAA